CCGCCGCGCCCCGGCCGCUAGGCAUGUGUGGCCGCAGGCGCCCGUCGCCGCCGCUGUCCCGGGGCUGAGCCGCACCCGGGUGUCCGGGACAGUGCGUGCACGAGUGUGUCGGUCCGCGCGGGCCAGCGCCACGCCUGCCCCGAGCCUCCCACUCGCUCCCCCGGGCCGCGGUGCAUGUUCGCCUCUUGCCACUGUGUGCGGAGAGGCAGGAGGACCAUGAAAAUGAUCCACUUUCGGAGCUCCAGCAUCAAAUCGCUCAGCCAGGAGAUGAAAUGCACCAUCCGGCUGCUGGACGACUCGGAGAUCUCCUGCCACAUCCAGAGGGAGACCAAAGGGCAGUUUCUUAUUGACCACAUCUGCAACUACUACAGCUUGCUGGAGAAGGACUAUUUUGGCAUUCGUUAUGUGGACCCAGAGAAGCAGCGGCACUGGCUUGAGCCUAAUAAGUCCAUCUCCAAGCAAAUGAAAUCUCAUCCACCAUACACCAUGUGCUUUAGAGUGAAAUUCUACCCACAUGAACCCUUGAAGAUUAAAGAAGAGCUCACAAGGUAUCUUUUGUACCUGCAGAUUAAAAGAGAUAUUUUCCACGGUCGACUGCUCUGCUCCUUUUCAGAUGCUGCCUACCUGGGUGCCUGUAUCAUUCAAGCUGAGCUCGGCGAUUAUGAUCCUGAUGAGCAUCCUGAGAAUUACAUCAGUGAGUUUGAGAUUUUCCCCAAGCAGUCACAGAAGCUGGAAAGAAAAAUAGUGGAAAUCCAUAAAAAUGAACUCAGAGGCCAGAGCCCACCAGUUGCUGAAUUUAACUUACUCCUGAAAGCUCACACUUUGGAAACCUAUGGGGUAGACCCCCACCCAUGCAAGGAUUCAACAGGCACAACAACAUUUUUAGGAUUCACUGCAGCAGGCUUUGUGGUAUUCCAGGGAAAUAAGCGAAUCCAUUUGAUAAAAUGGCCGGAUGUCUGCAAGUUGAAGUUUGAAGGGAAGACAUUUUAUGUGAUUGGCACCCAGAAGGAGAAAAAAGCCAUGUUGGCAUUCCAUACUUCGACACCAGCUGCCUGCAAACAUCUUUGGAAGUGUGGGGUGGAGAACCAGGCCUUUUAUAAGUAUGCGAAAUCCAGUCAGAUCAAGACGGUGUCAAGCAGCAAGAUAUUUUUUAAAGGAAGUAGAUUUCGAUAUAGCGGUAAAGUUGCCAAAGAGGUGGUAGAGGCCAGCUCCAAAAUCCAGAGGGAGCCUCCGGAAGUGCACAGAGCCAACAUGACUCAGAGCCGCAGUUCCUACUCCUUGAACAAACAGCUCAUCAUUAACAUGGAACCCCUGCAGCCCCUGCUGCCUUCCCCCAGUGAGCAAGAAGAGGAGCUUCCGUUGGGUGAGGGUAUUCCAUUACCCAAAGAAGACAUUUCUGCCCCUGUGACCUCUAGCUCACCAGUGAAGGAAGCCCGGGAGUACGAAAAUCCCCCAAGUGAAGAGGAAGAGAAAAUGAGAGAAGAGCCCCUGACCAUCUCUGAACUGGCCUACAACCCAAGUGCCAGCCUGCUCCCCACCCCUGUGGAUGAUGACGAGAUUGACAUGCUCUUUGACUGUCCAUCGAGGCUGGAGUUGGAAAGAGAAGACACAGAUUCAUUUGAGGAACUGGAAGCAGAUGAACAUGCCUUUCUGAUGGCCGAAGAAGAAGAGCUGAAGGAGGCUCGCCAAGCUUUGUCGUGGAGCUAUGACAUUCUGAGCGGCCAUAUUCGGGUGAACCCACUGGUCAAGAGUUUUUCCAGGCUCCUGGUGGUGGGCCUGGGGCUGCUGCUCUUUGUAUUCCCCCUGCUCCUCCUCCUUUUGGAGUCAGGUAUUGAUCUCUCCUUCUUAUGUGAAAUCCGCCAGACGCCAGAGUUUGAGCAGUUUCACUAUGAAUACUACUGCCCUCUAAAGGAGUGGGUGGCUGGCAAAGUAAACCUCAUUCUCUACAUGCUGGGUUGCUCAUAAAAUCCGUAUCUUAUAUGACUAAGGGCUAUAUUCAAUACUAGUGAUUAGUUUUUUUUUUUUUUUUUUUUUUUUAGCAAAUGCCUGGUUCUGAAUGGUCACAGGGCCAUGACCAGGUGUUCCUUACUCAUAACUGAUUACUGAAAACUAAGUUAGCUUUCCAUAAUUCACUGCAGUUAAAUAAGUUCAAGUCAAAUACAGUUAUUUUAGUUACAGGUCAGGAAGAUGGCCUUUAAAUAACCAAAAAUAUGUUUAUUUUUUAUUAUACUACAGACAUUAUCUAUUAUAUCAUAAUACAUUGAGCUGAAUUAGAUUCCCCUUUUUUAAUAGUUAGCACCAUUAUAAGGUUCAGAACCAGAAUUUUAGUAACAACCCAAGAGAAAGUUUUUGAAUAUAAUCCUUAGUGAAAACAACAUCCUCUAACCGAUGCCUAUACAACUAAAUUUAUGCUGGGCUUUUGUUUUCUGUUUUUUUAAAAAUAUUUUUAUGUGUUCAAAAUAUUUUGGUAAAUUUUUAGCAAAAAAAGAAGCCUCCUGGAGUUAUUUAAGUGUACAGAUUGUAAGACUAAUGCACAAAGGGUAUGUCAGGAAUUUUUUAAUGUUUUGGCACUGGUUUGUUUUUUACAAUAUUUUUGGCUGAACCAAUGGCAUAAUUUGUUGUUACCUGUGUAUGAGAUAGAGAAAAUAGGUAGAAAGACACUGUAGUAAGCUCGCUCUUGAAAUGGAUGAUGAAACUGGAGGAUGUAAAAACAGAGAAGACUCAAGUGGACACAGGGUGGUCCAUUUUUUUCCAAAGUAUUUGGACAAGAUGACUUACUACCUUCAUUUGCAUUCCGUCCAUAUAUUUUGGUUGGGGAAGCAGACAUUUUUAAAAGAGAGUGAAAUUUUAAAGGAAAAAAGUUAAGUUACACUAGUUCAUUGCAUAUUAUUGUACAUUAAACCCAAGAGUAGAAGCAGAUGGGCAUUGGGCAAGUAGCGAAACGGUUCUGGUGAGGCUGGUAUGCAAGGGGUGGUAGGCAAACCAUCUUUUAUGAAAGUGGUGGUGAUGCAUGGCAUUGGAUGAUGUAAAGAAUGUGCACGUGCUGUCCGAGUUGACAUAAAUAUGUUGAAGUGGAUGUGAAUAAAGGUGGAGAAACCUUAAGGCAUAUUUUUUGGGUCCCUCAUGCCAUUCAUUGAUUCGAUGGAAGGAAUUUCAAAAGAAGUGUGUGUAAGAGAGAGGAUAUGAAAAGAAUGGAGUUUGGCUUUUUGAUAAAUGCUGAUGAUCUUCCUUUGUGGUGGCCAUCAUCCUCUUUUCCUUUUCUGGUUUUCUUAAGAUCUUAACUCAUUUCUAAUUAGGGCUUCCAUUAAGAAAGUGGAAGGGACUCAUUAGAGGAUCUAGCAUUUCAGUAUAGGUGAAAUAGUAAAAGGGCUCUCUAACCAGAUAGCAGAGGGAACAAAUGUUCUAGUACCUUCCUUCAUACCAUAAGCUCCACCACAGAAAGAAAGGCUCUGAUGCUUCCCCAGGCAAAGUACUUACCAAUACUGUGAUAUAACAGAAGGAGAAAGAAAAGAGUAUGGAGCUCAGGGCAUAGUGCAUUGGAAUUUCUCCAUGGACUGAGAAUAUUCUAUUGCCUUCAUUAACAAAGAGAUUGGGCGCCUGUAUUCUCUCAUUUACUGUAAUAAACGCUCCAACUCUAUCAUUAGCAUCAUUUCUAAAUUGGCCAUUCAUGGGAGCUCUGAGUGCUCGAUUAGACAUUUAAGUUUGAACAUAAGUUUUAAAAGUUAGCUUUAAAAGCCUUCAGUUGAACAAACUAGAAUAUACAUUUGCUAUUAAGUUUGUAAGGUGUUCUCUCCCAUGUGCUUUCAGUGAUUUAUUUUGCUUUUUAUUGAAGAAUAUUUAAUAGCUGAAAUUUGAUACCAACAUAGAAUAUUUUCUAUAGUUUAUGUUGGAAGUUUUCAAAUGGCCAGCUUUGAAAUUGAACCCCUUUGUUAUGACUUCCAAGUCUGAUGUUCUGACAAAAGGGUACCCCAGUGUAGUCUGCACAGAAUUAGUCCCCCUUGUAAUCAUGCUUUAUAUCAUUUCCUUUGAAGUUCUAACCAUAACCAACCUAGCCCCUGCCCUUUUAAAGUAAUAUUAUUUUUUUAAUUAUGGAAAUAUAUGGCCCAUCAUGAAACACUGAAAAAUACUGACAGGAUCAAUACCACACAAAAUCCAACCAUGCGGAUUUAUAGUGGGGAGUAAUCAAUAUAUUUUAACAUUUCCAGCUAACAUCUCUUUUAGGCAAAAACGUCAUUAUUGAAUAGAAAGGUUUUUAAGCGAAGGAGUUAACAGAAUAGGGUCUGCUGAAUUUAAGCAACAGCCACCAAACAUAAAACUGGGAUCCUAAGAUGCCAUUUUGUCACGAUAGAAUCAGUGUUUUAGAAAUAUCCACUUCAGUUUUGUUAGGAGAGAGUCGCCUGCUGCCUGAAUCAAAUGAGGAGAAAAGUGCUUCCAAAGAUGGAGAGUAUAUAACAUAGUGAGAUACAGAAUUCAAAGCAAGUGUGUGAGUAUAUGUAUAUUCCAUAUUAUUGGUAUAGGUGUGUUUAAAUAUGAAUCUGUAUAUAUGUGUGUAUUUGUAUACACACAACUGAUAUGCCUUUCAAACAUAGUUGUGUUUAUUUUUCCCCAAUUGAGGAGUUUGUGACAUGCUGUUCUUCCUUUUCCCUCUCAGAUAUCAUGGGAUAAAACCCACAGUCUCAAAGGUUUCAAUUUUCCAUGAAAACACCAGUGUGUACAUUUGUGGUUAUAUAUACACAUAUAUAUGGCAAAUACAUAUACACACACAAUCUUGUCUUUAGUGCUAAUGCAAGUUGGAUCAUGAAAAAAAUGUAGGUAAAGUAUCGUGUAUUUCUGUCUGUGCUUGGAACAUACUGUAAAAUGUUAUGUAUUUGGAAUAUAUUCUGUGGUUUGUCUAAUAUUUAUAAAGACAACUCUGGGAAGAAUUCAAAAGGUGAUUUCAUUGAAAUACUAGAGAUAUGGGGGCCAUGUUACCUGUGAUUGGAGCCUUAUCUUUGUAUAGUAAAAAUCUGCAUUUCUAUGUCAACAUCCAGAUUGUUUUAUAUGUUAAUAUGGUGGCAGGAAUCCCUAAUAAAAAUACUCUGGGGAAAAAUGUUUCUGCAAUCAUUUAGUUUUAUUCAGGCUAAUUUAUGCAAAUUUACUUUGUUGGAACUACAGAAAGGUACCAUAUAGGACCAUGAAUGAGGUCACCCUUGAAUGGUGAUAGUAUGAAAAGAAAAUCACAGGUAAUGGAUGGGAUUAAUCCUUU